AUGACCAUGGAUGACCCCGGCGUUCACAACAUUCGAUGUAUUCCAGGGAAUCUGGUGUCAGAUGCACCCACUAUCCCCUCUCUCACUGCCAUGGGAAGCCCUGAUGCCGAACCCUCCAUCGAUUCAGCUCAGUUAGGAAGGGACGAUGAUGAAAGUUCUCUCGAUCUGAACGGUCACCACGAUUUCAUUACUACAACUCACGCUGAUCGCCUACGGGUCAGCAAUAUCGCCGAUGCUGCCACCGCAGUUGUGGGCGCCGCGAAGCCUCAUCCGCUCCCAGUCGUCGCAUAUGGGAAUUGUGCCACUAAAUGGAGCCCUGCCAGCAACCCCCAGGAGGACUUCGUAGUAUUGACAGGUUGCCUCACCGGUGCCGAGCGUGCAGCUCGAUGCAGAGCUGCCAAGGCCUGGGCCCAGGCGAGCCCUGCCAGCAACCCCCCGGAGGACUCCGUAGUAUUGACAGGUUGCCUCACCGGUGCUGAGCGUGCAGCUCGAUGCAGACCUGCCAAGGCCAGGGCUCAGCGCUUGCGGCACGCCCAGCGUAUGCUGAAUGCCGAGCUGAAGUUGAACAAUCAGCUUCGCGCAUCUGACCCAACGAUCCAACCUCAGGAUGACGACUCGUUACCGCCUCCCUCUUACGACCUGUUCUGCUCGGUUGUCGUCCCCACGUCCGAUCCCUCGAACAGGGAGCGCUUCUUGCUGACGGGUUACAAGACGGGGGCCGAACGUGCUCAGAGCGUUGGCGAUAGUGGCAACUACAACCUCUCUGGUUUUCCACCUUCUGGCCCCUCUUCCGAAUGUCCAAUUCCUGCCUCCGGCAGCUCCGUAUGUAACAUUUACAGUAUUACGGCAUCGCAAGUGUCCCUGAUCAACCCUCUCGCGCCUCAUCAUCAGACCUGA